AUGGCUUGCAAACGUUGUAGAAUGAGAUGUGGAGUUACGCCGUCAAGUAGGGGGGUUACUGUAUCCGAAAUGGAAGAUGGUGUGAAAGGUGUGGAAUGCCUCGAUGGGGUCCGUACUGUUACGGGUAGCUUUUGUUUGCUCGGCGGAGUAGCGUCCGUUUCUUCCACGAGAUUUGCUACCGUCUUGCGCUUUUUGUUCGUGGUCUCGGCUUUGGAUGUCGCCAAGGGCGAUCUUGCUCUUGCGUUUACUGUUGCUACUAAUGCUACCGUUGGUGGUGGUGUUGCUGCUAUCGGUGCGUUGCGUCGAUUGGCGUGUCUGGUACGGGCGGACAAGGGCGGUCUCGUGUCGAUUGUCUUGCUCGAUGGCGAAGAACGUGACGGAGUCCGACAAAACGGGAGAUUCUCGUUGACGAUGCAAUCGCCUAUACUCGCCAUUCUUACAGUAAAGACCACGCGGAAUGUUUUUCACGUUGAUUUACCGGUACUUGCGGAAUGGCGUAGACUCGUGGGAUGGGUUCCGACUCCCAUGGUCCCUACUUUUUUGGACGGCACUGUAUGUGCGUGCGAGAGUGAUCCAAUCGCUGACUUUUUCGGCCUUUGGGGACACACGAGCCUGCGCGCAACAGUUUGA